CACCAGCGCUCUGUUCUCUGUGUCUCUGAUCAGAUGCUCGUUCUCUCUCUGAUGAACAGGUCAACAACGCUACGGCUCGAGUGAUGACCAAUAAGAAGAUGGUUAGCCCGUAUGCUAACGGAGAAGGCCUCAGCACGCUGCCCUACGCGGGGUGGAAGUUGAGUCCUAUGAUGAGUGCGAUGUACGCACCGGAGCUCUACGCAGUUCCAGGGUUUCCGUAUCCCACCAGCGCCGCCGCAGCAGCCGCAGCAUCCACCGCUGCGACCCUCAGAGGAGCGCAUCACCUGCGGGGUCGAGGCCGGCCUGUGUACGGAGCGGUGCGCGCCGCGGUCCCUCAGCCGGCCAUACAGGCCUACCCCGGAAUAGUGUUUCAGGACACUCUGGUUAGUAGCAGAAUGCCUCAGAGCGGCUACACUGCGUAUCGUUACACUCAGCCGACGGCGGUAGCGAGUCCAACAGCAGCAGCGGCAGCGGCGGCGGCAGCCUACAGCGACAGCUACGGUCGCAUGUACGCAGCAGAUCCGUACGCGGCUGCGCUAGCGGCUUCUCCAGCGGCGGCGGCGGCAGCAGCGUAUGGAGUCGGUGCGAUGGCCACUCUCUACAGAGGAGGAUACAGCCGCUUCUCACCAUAUUAAUACACUUUCAGAUUCACCGUCUCUCUGAAACUGCAACAGCUGCUGACCUCGGAGGGAAAAAUCCAAUCACACUCUUGGACAAAAAAAAAAAGAAAAAAAGCUAAACGCGUCUGUUACGAACGAACUUUGAAUAAGGAAUGCAACCAGUACAUCGGAGAAGGUGUUAGUUUUGUUUUGUUGUUUUUUUAAAGGAAACUUGACGACGUCGAACACUAAAUGAAAAGAGAUCUCUGACUGAGAAGCAAAUAAUUUCUUCCUCUGGCUUGUCUCUCUGCACAGAUGCAUGCAGUAACGGCUCUAGACUGCCUCUAGUGGCCAUUGAACUACAUGUGCACCGAGCGUCAGGACUGCAGUGAACACAUUUAGGCCACCCUUCACUGUCUCACACUACAAUAAUCAUCAAUAUUCUUUAAGAAAUAUAGACCUUCGUCCGGACCGCUCUUAUCUCCGUUUUUUUAGGAUCAUCUUGAAAUGAAAUUGGUGGAUCCCAUCAGCUCUGUAAGGGAGGACGAUGCUAUGAUCCCAAAUACAGCCACGUGAUGAGAGACUUCCAUCGUGGUUUUCCUCUCUCUGGAAAGAUCAUGGAUGAAAGAAACUCCAGCAGCUGUAACCGAUCACUGAAGCGUGACGCACACAACGGGACGACGUGUCAUAAUCAUCCGUCUUGCUGAAAGCUUUGUGUUCUUUAAACUGUACCUCUGUUCAGACCAAUUUCAAGAAGCGUACCUUUAAAAUUAAAUAGUCAUUAUAUGCAAGUAAACUAGAAUAGACACAAAAUUUUACCAAACAUUAUUAUUAUUAUUAUUAUUAUUAUUAUUGUUAUUAUUAUUGAUUAUUAUCGUCAUUAGUUUCUCAUGGUUGUGUGUGUUGGACAUCAUCUGAACCCACACUGAUACACAAAGGCAUAAUAGCAAGUAUCUAAAUUAUGCUACAAAAUAUUUACAUCUUUUUUCCUUCAGAUUUUGGGAUCGAAGAGCCCUUCUUUUGGAAUAUCGGCAAGCUCUUUUAUUAGCGUAGUUUUGUAAAAUAUGCAAAUUUCAGAAAAGUGUAUCAAAAGAGGUUUGUUGGUUUUUAAAGCAGCAGCAAACAGUAUUUUUGUCUUUCUUGCGGAGUGUGUCCUCUUUCCCUUCAGUAUAUUGGUAUCUUGCUUUUUGAAUUUUGGUUCCAAAGAAAAGUCAAGCAUGUUCUUGAUUUGUGUGUAAACGUAUUUGUAAUUCUAUUCUUUGGUUUAUUUUAGUUUUGUUUUGAUUUGUAUGAUAUAGGUUUUUGAUAUUGUUUGAAGUGGUUCGUUAAUUAUUUGAAAACAGCUGGACAUGGAUGGCAGCGUCCUGCUCCUGCGAUCCAAGACCGCUUUCUGUAUCUGUGAAAGAAAACACACCUGCAUUUCAAGGGGUUUUUUGUUUAGUUUUUUUUGCAAGACAUCAUGUUGAUUCUAGGUGUAAGUGUAUCUGGACCCAUGACUGAAACAUUUGAUCAUUAUAGAGUUUCAGAAUAAUGUGAGGAUGAUUCAUCGACACUGAUACUGUCCUAAAGAAAAACUGACCACAGUCUGAACACUAAACCAGACAGCUUUAUCUUAUUAGUUUUUUGUUUAAAUGGUACUUGCAGUCUAUGCAUACACUUUCCACAGUAUUAUAAGAGAUUAAAGUGAUCUCGGCUCCUAAAUUCUGACCUUCUGGCUUUUAAAGAUGCUUUUGGAGAAGAUCUUUCUGUCCUUCGUUGGUUUCUCCUGCAGCAGCGGCACUUCUCCGUGCCGUUCUGGACCAAUGGGAGCUCUUUACUAUGAUUAGACCGAUUUCUCACAUGACGCUCAUCUUCUGAUGAUGGAGUGAGAAGGUUAAAUCCCCUCCAUUCCUGCAGUAAAGGGUUAAAGAUGGCGUCUCUUUUAUUCUCCAUUCUUGCACCUUAUGAAUAUGAUACCUGUUCCACAUACUCUCCUUUGGUUUCCAGUGUAACCGUGUUUUUGAGUUGAACUCUUUCUCUACAUAUUCUGAUUCCAUUUGUGAUGUAUUUUGUAUCUAAAUGUCCAUAUAAA